AGUCAUAUUGUCACUUGGACGAUUUAUCAUUCUUUAGGUUUCGGCAUAGUCCAAAUUGCUGGUACUUGAGAGACUGGACCAUCCACAGCUGGAUCAGACAGUGCUUAAAAUAUGGUGCACAAGACAAAGCCUUAUACACAUUAAAAAACAAGGUUCAGUAUGGAAUUUUCCCAGAUAAUUUCACUUUCAAUAUUUUGUUGGAUUGUUUUAUAAAGCAGAACAAUUAUGAAGAUGCUGUGUCGGUAGUAACAGAGAUAAUGCUGCAAGAAACCUUUGAUGAAUUAUCAACACAGCUUCUUUCUCUCUAUGUUUUAUACCAGUACCUGGCAACCAAGCAUGAACAUACAUGGGAAGAGGAGAAAAAUCUUGGAGCAUCGCUGGUACUUACAGGUCUAAAGCAAACAAACACUGUGGGUUUUAGCUCCCAGCUGCUUGGCUAUGCAUUCCUUG